UCAUAUAUAACUUUGUUCUAGUUAAAUAACGUGUAAAUGACGUGUCUCGUUGCCUGUGACUUUAUAGAAUUCUUGACAUCUGUAAAAUUAUUGUAAUUAUAUUAUAAUUAACAAAAUGUUAACCAAAUUUGAAACAAAAUCAGCUCGAGUAAAGGGCUUAUCUUUCCAUCCAAAACGUCCGUGGAUUCUUGCCAGUUUACACAAUGGUGUUAUACAAUUGUGGGAUUAUCGGAUGUGUACUCUCUUGGAUAAAUUUGAUGAACACGAUGGUCCUGUAAGAGGAAUAUGUUUCCAUAGUCAACAACCUCUGUUUGUAUCUGGUGGCGAUGAUUAUAAAAUCAAAGUAUGGAAUUAUAAGCAACGUAGAUGUAUUUUUACAUUAUUAGGCCAUCUGGAUUAUAUCAGAACUACAAUGUUUCAUCAAGAAUAUCCAUGGAUUCUCAGUGCUUCUGAUGACCAAACUAUACGUAUUUGGAAUUGGCAGAGUCGUACUUGUAUCUGUGUUUUAACCGGUCAUAAUCACUAUGUAAUGUGUGCUCAAUUUCAUCCAACCGAAGAUGUUAUCGUAUCAACUUCAUUGGAUCAAUCUGUUAGAGUUUGGGAUAUAUCUGGAUUACGUAAAAAAAAUGUAGCACCUGGACCAGGUGGUUUAGAAGAUCACUUAAAAAAUCCUGGAGCUACGGAUCUAUUUGGACAAGCUGAUGCUGUAGUUAAACAUGUUUUGGAAGGUCAUGAUAGAGGCGUUAAUUGGGCUUCUUUCCAUCCAACAUUACCAUUAAUUGUCUCUGGAGCAGAUGAUCGUCAAAUUAAAAUGUGGCGCAUGAAUGAUACUAAAGCUUGGGAAGUAGAUAUUUGCAGGGGUCAUUAUGACAAUGUUUCAUGUGUUCUAUUUCAUCCAAGACAGGAUUUAAUUCUAUCUAAUUCUGAAGAUAAAAGCAUAAGAGUAUGGGAUAUGACGAAGCGUACAUGUUUACAUACAUUUAGAAGAGAACACGAAAGAUUUUGGGUACUUGCUGCACAUCCUACUUUAAAUUUGUUUGCAGCAGGUCAUGACUCUGGUAUGAUAAUCUUUAAAUUAGAAAGAGAACGACCAGCUUAUGCAAUCCAUGGAAAUCUUCUUUAUUACGUGAAGGAACGUUUCCUACGUAAAUUAGAUUUUACUACUUCAAAAGAUACUUCUGUUAUGCAAAUUCGUGGUGGAGGAAAGACACCUGCAUACAGUAUGUCAUAUAAUCAAGCUGAAAAUGCUGUUCUGAUAUGUACAAGAUCGGCGUCGAAUAUAGAGAAUAGUACUUAUGAUCUUUAUGUGAUACCACGUGAAGGUGAUACAAGUACAGAUGCCGAUACGAAACGUGCUUCUGGUGUUACAGCCAUUUGGGUUGCUAGGAAUCGUUUUGCAGUUUUGGAUAGAGCAUAUUCUUUGGUCAUAAAAAAUCUAAAAAAUGAAGUAACAAAGAAAGUACAAAUUCCAAAUUGCGAUGAAAUAUUUUAUGCUGGUACAGGUAUGCUACUUUUACGAGAUGCAGAUCAAGUUACGCUGUUUGAUGUCCAACAAAAAAGAACUUUAGCUGAAGUAAAGAUUUCAAAAUGUAGAUAUGUUGUUUGGUCUAAUGACAUGUCUCAUGUUGCUCUAUUGGCUAAACACACUGUUAAUAUUUGCAAUCGCAGAUUAGAAUCUCUAUGCUCCAUUCAUGAAAAUACAAGAGUAAAAUCAGGAGCUUGGGAUGAUUCUGGAGUAUUUAUAUAUACUACUAGCAAUCAUAUCAAAUAUGCUAUUAAUAAUGGUGAUCAUGGUAUUAUUCGUACAUUGGAUUUACCAAUUUAUGUGACGAGAGUGAAAGGAAAUCAAGUAUAUUGUCUUGACAGAGAAUGUAGACCAAGAAUAUUGCGUAUAGAUCCAACAGAAUAUAAAUUCAAAUUAGCUCUUAUUAAUAGAAAAUAUGAAGAAGUAUUACAUAUGGUUCGUACAGCAAAUCUCGUUGGUCAAUCCAUAAUAGCAUAUUUACAACAAAAAGGAUAUCCAGAAGUUGCAUUACAUUUCGUUAAAGAUGAAAAAACAAGAUUCGGACUUGCGCUUGAAUGUGGUAAUAUUGAAGUAGCUUUGGAGGCAGCAAGAUCUUUAGAUCAAAAAACGUGUUGGGAAAGUUUAGCACAAGCUGCUUUAAUGCAAGGCAAUCAUCAAGUUGUUGAAAUGUGUUAUCAAAGAACUAAGAACUUUGAGAAAUUGUCAUUUCUUUAUCUGAUUACUGGCAAUUUGGAAAAAUUGCGUAAAAUGAUAAAGAUCGCCGAAAUUCGAAAAGAUGUAUCUGGACAAUAUCAAGGAAGUUUAUUACUUGGUGAUAUUUAUGAACGAGCAAAGAUCUUAAAGAACUCGGGGCAAGCAUCGUUGGCUUAUGUCACAGAGAAAAUUCAUGGAAUUUCAAACGAGGAUGAUGACGUUCAAUAUAGUUCCAUGCAAGAUGAACUUUCAGCUCUUGAAAAAGGAGCUGUAUAUCUCCAUCCGCCAGUACCUAUUCAACAAGCUGAAAAUAAUUGGCCACUCUUGACUGUUUCAAAAGGAUUCUUCGAGGGUGCCAUGAUGUCUCGUGGCAAGAGUCAAGUAGCUGCAGCUUUGGCUCCAGAAGAUGAUGCUGUCGUAGUUGCAGACGGUUGGGGCAAUGACGAGGAGUUAGGAAUUGACGAUGAAGAAGGUGUUGAAGGUGUUGAGCCUAUUGUAGAAGGUGAAGAAACUGCUGGCUGGGAUGUUGAAGAUGUAGAUCUUCCUCCUGAAAUUGAAAAUGCAAUGCCAAUAUCUGAGGACGGUUAUUAUUCUAUUCCAACAAAAGGAGUCCCAACAACACAACACUGGAUCAAUAAUUCACAAUUGACUGUAGAUCAUAUAUUGGCUGGAUCUUUUGAAACAGCUUUCAGAUUAUUGAACAAUCAAGUCGGUGUAGUUGAAUUUGCACCAUAUCAAUCCCUCUUCUUAAAUACAUAUGCUCGUUCCAAAACAUCAUUUGCAUCUUUACCAAAUAUAUUAUCCUUAUAUGGAUAUCCUCAAAGAAAUUGGAAAGAUGCUACACCAAAAAAUAAUUUACCUGCUGUUGGAUUACAUCUUACAAAUUUGGUUCAACGGCUUCAAAUUUGUUAUCAGUUGACAACAGGAGGGAAAUUUGCAGAAGCUAUAGAAAAACUCCAAGCAAUAUUACUUAGCAUUCCAUUAUUAGUUGUAGAUACUAGACAAGAUAUUGCUGAAGCUCAACAACUAAUUCAAAUAUGUCGAGAAUAUAUUUUAGGUUUAAAAAUGGAAACCGAAAGGAAAAAUUUGCCGAAAAAUACAUUAGCAGAGCAAAAACGAAUUUGUGAAAUGGCAGCGUAUUUUACUCAUUGUAAUCUACAACCAGUUCAUCAAAUUUUAACAUUAAGAAUAGCGGCUAAUAUGUUUUUCAAGUUAAAGAAUUAUAAAACUGCUGGUUCUUUUGCUAGAAGAUUGCUUGAACUUGGUCCAAAACCUGAAUUAGCACAGCAAGUCCGGAAACUUUUACAGGCAUGUGAUAAAAAUCCGACUGAUGAGCAUCAAUUAGCAUAUGAUGAACAUAAUCCAUUCUCUUUAUGUGCAAGUACAUUCACACCAAUUUACAGAGGAAAACAAGAAGUGAAAUGUCCACUUUGUGGAGCAAGUUAUCAACCUCAGUAUAAAGAUUCAUUAUGCAGAAUUUGUGAAGUUGCAGCAAUUGGCAAAGAAUGCAUUGGAUUAAAAAUACAUAUGUAAUAUAUUAUAUUACUUGAAGAACUAUAAGAUAACAUUUUUUAUAUUAUUCUGAUAUCUCAAUCUUUACAAUUUGUGUAAUUUACUUCAAUUUAAUAUGUUAUGGAAGCUAUUUCCUACAAGCAUUUCUUCCUAAAGCUAAAUUUUUUCCAAUUUUUGAAAAUAUAUAAAUGUUCAGUAUA